AUGCGGCCCAAGGCGGGCACAGGGAGCGACAGGCGGGCGGCAGCUCUGGGUGCCAGAGCGGGACCGUGCCCGGAUCCCGGCAGGACUCGGCUCCCGGACCGGGACCGUGCCCGGAUCCCGGCAGGACUCGGCUCCCGGAGCGGCACCGUGCCCGGAUCCCGGCAGGACUCGGCUCCCGGAGCGGGACCGUGCCCGGAUCCCGGCAGGACUCGGCUCCCGGAGCGGGACCGUGCCCGUAUCCCGGGCAGGGCCGGGGCAGCAGCGGCAGCGCCGAGCUCGGGGGUGGCGGGGCCGGGCCGGGAGCGCUCCGUGUCCGCCAGAGGGCGCCCUGCGCCCGAACCGGGAACCGGGAACCGCCGCGAUCCGGGCCCGGUACCGAUCCCGGUCCCGAUGCCGCUUGGACCCGCCCGCCAGGGCAGAGGCGGCACCGCCCGGGACCCCCCGGCAGGACCCGAAGCCCCCGACCCAGCGCCGGCUGUGGGCUCCGGUACCCGCUCUGGGUCAGCCUCGUCCCGGCACCGGAGCGGGAGCGGCACCGAAUCCAGGCUGGGCUUCGCCCAGUGCCCGCUCCUGUCUCAGCCCCGGUCCGGCCCUGCUCCGCCGGCCACGCCCGAGAGCCACAGCCCGCCCGCCGGGGCAGAGCCAGCAAGACCCGGUCCGCACCCGGGACACCGCGACACCGGCAGGGCCCGGUCCGUACCCGGGACACCCCGACACCGGCAGCGCGCCGGGCUCCGAGCGGUCCCCGCCGGGAGCAGCCCCCGGGCCGGGGCUCGCCCAGCGCUGAGCGAGGGUCCCGAGCGAUGGCCCCGGGACAGCGGUACCGGGAGCGGUGCCAAGAACGGGCGGGACACGGGGCGAGACCGACACAAGUGUGAGGGGCGGGCACAGAGUGCGGGGACCAGCGCUGCUGGGAUCUGCCGGGGGUCCCGGGCGGUGCCGCCUCUGCCCCGUCGGGAGGAUCAGGGCCGGACUGGGACAGGGAUCGGAACAGGGAUCGGGAUCGGGAUCGGGACCGGGACCCCGCAGGGCGCCCUCUGGCGGACACGGAGAGCGGUGCAGGCGCGGCGCCCCCGCGUGGCCCUGGGACGGCGGUGCAGGGGGCGGGGCCAACGAGGGGCGGGGCCGGCACAGCCGCGCUGGAGCCCCGCGCACCUGCGGCCCUGCCCUGCUCACACCUGUGCCGGCCUCGCGCCGCGCACGCGCUCUGUUGUCCCGCGCCGCGCACGCGCCCCGUGGCCCCGCCCCUCACACCUGUGCUGGUCCCGCCCCUCACACCUGUGCCGGCCCCGCCCCUCGUUGGCCCCGCCCCCUGCACCGCCGUCCCGGGGCCACGCGGGGGCGCCGCGCCUGCACCGCUCUCCGUGUCCGCCAGAGGGCGCCCUGCGGGGUCCCGGUACCGGUCCCGAUCCCGAUCCAGAUCCUCCCGACGGGGCAGAGGCGGCACCGCCCGGGUCCCCCGGCAGAUCCCAGCAGCGCUCGGCCCCGCACUCUGUGCCCGCCCCUCACACUUGUGUCGGUCUCGCCCCGUGUCCCGCCCGUUCUUGGCACCGCUCCCGGUACCGCUGUCCCGGGGCCAUCGCUCGGGACCCUCGCUCGGCGCUGGGCGAGCCCCGGCCCGGGGGCUGCUCCCGGCGGGGACCGCUCGGAGCCCGGUGCGCUGCGGGUGUCGGGGUGUCCCGGGUACGGACCGGGCCCUGCCGGUAUCGGGGUGUCCCGGGUGCGGACCGGGUCCUGCCAGUGUCUGAGUGUCCCGGGUUGUCACCGGGCCCUGCCUGGGCCGGGACGAGGCUGAUCCAGAGCGGGUGCUGGAGCAAACAGCCAGCGCUGGGUCGGGGGCUUCAGGUCCUGCCGGGGGUCCCGGGCGGUGCCGCCUCUCCCCCGUCGGGCGGGUCGAAGCGGUAUCGGGACUGGGAUCGGUACCAGGCCCGGUUCCCGGCGGAUGAGGGUUCCCGGUGCCGGAGCGGGCGGUUUCCGGAUCGGACGCAGGGCGCCCUCUAG